GAUCCUGAGAUGGGUGUCGUGUAAUGGGACAGGUUCCCCUGUUUAACAACCAAUUCCCCCGUGUGUUUUCUGUCACUAUGCUUCAGUUGCCCGGGAUAUAUUUACCGCUAUCAUGGAGUUCCCAACUUCUGGCGGGUUCCAUGGUCAAUACCAGAGUAGCCGGAAUAACAGAAAUGUACCAAAAGAAGAAUCCGUCCCCGAAUCAAAACAGAGAUCGUUAUAGAAACAAUCUUCGAGAAUCAGAAGACAAUCUCAGACGCAGACGUUCGAAAGAGAUAAGAAGCAGACGAGAGCUUGAACUCGAAGAAGAUUUGGUGAAAACCGGAAGUGAGGACGAAAAUGAUAAAAAUAAACGUAAGCCCAAUAGGCGACGUAAAUAUGUCAAAAAUAAAGAGGAGAAAACAUACUCAAAAUUAAAUAAAGAAAGACGAGAGUGGAAAAAUCAAAAGACUAGAAAGGAGGAGAUGCUCCGAUUUAAUGAUAGACAAAGAAAGAGACCGCUAGGUCAAGAAAAGCAAUUUAAACAAUAUGGGAAUAUUAGAAGCGUGCCAAAUCUUCGGGUGACAUACUUAGGUUCUCAAGCGAGGGUGUCCGACGACUCGAGCGCAGUCCCAUUACGGCUUCCAAAAAAGGAUCUCCAAGAUGAUGGUCUUCCAUAUAAAACGUCAGUGACACGACAUACUCAAAACACACACGAUUUAGAAAAGCUAAUGGAUUCAUAUCGAGAAAGAAACCCCAAAAAUCAUUUAUCUAAUUCUAUCUCCAACUCCGACAUUAGUGGAGUCGAAGACCUAAAGGCAAAAGCACGAAGUAAAAGGGCUUCCAUUUUAAAUCGUGCCGAACGGUUACUUCAUAGUCGGAGAAUGAGGGAGGAUUAUUCCAGCGGGGAAGAUGGAGACACUGAAAAAAGUGACAGAAAUGACAACGUGGUUCACAAACGAAGAGUGGACUAUCCUUCCAGUGAUGACGAUAAAUAUGUUAUGGUGAAGACAACAGUGUCCCCAUCGGACUCUGAAAUACUUACUGACCUAGAUGUAGCACUUCCGCCUAUACCCCAGUUUGACUCGCCUUCCGGCAAAUCACUGCCUUCCAUGACAAAAAGUGAAAUUCCAGUCUACAGUGACGAUGAAUAUGAGGUGUACCCAGCACAAAGGCCUCAUACCGAUACAUUCAGGGAGUAUCCCCCAUUCGUGAUGGGAAGAUAUGAACAGUCCAAAAUGAAUUCAGACUUCAACGAAAAAAUUGAAGUACAUAGAACAACCGACAGGAAGGGAAAGAGAGUGACCUUCUUUAGGAAUGGGGAUAAAGAUUUCAAAGGAGUAAAUGUUUGCAUUAAUCCUAAACAAUUCCUGAACUUUGAGGCACUUCUUGUAUAUCUGAAUGAUCGAAUUGAAACAACGUCUGGAGUAAGGUAUGUGUUUUCCUUACCAGAUGGAAAAGAAAUUAAGAGUGUGACUACAUUUCAGCAAGGGAGGUCUUACAUUGUGUCCUCAGUUAAAAAGCCUGUUCUUGACAUCCCAUAUGGUCAAUCCAGAGAGCAGUUUUGGAACAAUCGUAAACCCUCGGGAGGUCGUGUUCGAAAGAGUGAAGUCGAGUUAUUCAAAAGAUCAGAGUCGCCGAAAAACGCUCCUAAAAAUAAGCCCAGAGUGAUCACUGUUAUAAAUAAUGAGUAUAGGGACAAAAGAGAGAAGUUCUACAUUAAUCCCAACACUAGGCAUAACUUUGAGGAUUUACUGCUUACCAUGGGGGACAUGACAAAUAUUGAUAUACAUGCUUUGUAUACUGAAAAACAACCUCAUAGAAAGGUUGAGAGUUUCAGCCAAUUAUUCAAUGAGUUUAAAAACCAAGAAAAUUUUAUUGCCUGUGGACCAGAAUUGGUACCUCUAAAACCAGAAAAUGUUAAACGUCCUGCUCCAAGCAGCAACUCAGGAAGUGAUUCUAUGAGUGUGGCGAGCCGAAUGAAAAAGUUUCACAAAGCAACCGAUGGAGAGUUGGACGAAAUUGAUGAGUAUGGCAUGCAGCAUUCUCCCUCCCCUCAGGAGGGUAUACUGAAUGGAGUACCUGUUAACGGGUAUCAGGAACCAAUCUCAGCCAGACACAGCGAGGAGGACGACAGCGUUAAGUUCACCAUACGAGGCAGAGUCAGAGAAUAUUUCCCACCCUCCAUUACCUAUCCUGACGAUGAUGGACAACGACCCGACAAAAAGCUGAAAUUGGAAUGGAUUUACGGUUUCCAUGCACGUGAGGGUUGUAAAAGUGUGGUCGUCUUUAGAACAGGCGAACUUCUGUAUUAUGUAGCGGCUGUCGCCGUCUUCUUUAGAAGGAAUGACGAAAGGGGAGACACCCAGCGACAUUAUUUGGGUCACACGGAAGACAUUUCAUGCCUCGAACUACACCCUUCGGAGAACUGGGUGGCUUCAGGACAAAUAGCUGGAAAGGAAAACCCAGCCCACGUCCGCAUCUGGGACGGAGAAAAACUGACCACGUACCAUGUGAUUGGGAUUAAUUUUUUUACUCAUGGAAUUGCUUCCAUCGGAUUUUCAGAACAGGUAUCAACAAUACAGAGUAGAGGAGGAUUCAUGUGUGUAACGGACUCUAGUGAUAAACACGUCCUCAGUAUCUGGGACUGGGAGAAAGAGAAGAUGAUCGCUAAAACAACGACGACAACAAAGACUGUCAACUGCUGCUGCUUCUACAAAUUUGAUGACACACUGUUAAUUACAUAUGGGGCGGAUCAUUUGUUUUUCUGGCGCCUCUUCUGGGAUCCUAUCGGUGUACAAGACGGAAAACUCUACAGGGACAAACUCAGCGGUACGUUUGAGGAAGGAACUCAGCCUGCUAUGAUUACAUCACAUGCCUUUUCUUCGUCUGGUGACGUCAUCACAGGGGACUCAAAUGGUUCCAUAAUGGUAUGGACCAAGGACACUGAGUAUGUGUUCAAUGUCAACGUGGACGUCUCUGCUGAAAUGAAAGGAGCUCACCUGAAGCCGGUAAAUGCGCUGUGCAUGAUGGGCGACAAUACUCUUCUCUCCGGAGGAGGAACUUUUAUCAAGUCAUGGGAUAGCAUCAAUAACUACAGAAAAAUAUCUAAAAGAGAGAUUCCUGAAAUCGCUGGUAACGUCAGAACAAUAAUUCCACAACGAGGCUCUGGAGCAGACGGACAAAUUUACGUAGGAACAUCUAAAUCAUGUAUUCUAGCAGGGUCUCUACCUGUCAAAUUUCGUUUUAUCGUUCAGGGUCACUGCAAAGAUAUUUGGGCAAUAGCAGCAGUACCCGGGGAAACCGCAUUUAUCACCACAGCUCACGACCAGUUCGUCUUCAAAUGGUCUGCCGUGAAGCAUCGCGUCGUCUGGCGCUCUCAGAUGGAGAAGCCGUCCUCGGCUCUGGCAGUCGACAAUCGUGGUAUUUAUGUCGCCGUGGGCUCCGUGGCUGGACGAUUCUUCGUCUUGAACGCCAGAAACGGGAUGCACAUUAUUACCGUCCAAGUAGGAAAAUCACAAAUCAACGCAAUGAGGUUCUCCCCUGACAAUGCCAUGUUAGCAGUUGGUUGUGAAGAUGGACACAUUCACAUCUUUUACGUACAUGAUGAGGGGCAGAUCUACCGCAAGAACAACAUUAUCCUUAGGGGACACGGCAAAUUUGUAACAAAUCUUGACUGGUCUACCGACAGUCGCUAUCUACAGAGUGUGGACGGAGAUUUUGAACUUUUAUGUUGGAAUAUUCAACGCAUGGAAAGAGAGGCCCCUCGUGCUCUUCGGGAUUGUAACUGGCAAACGUACAGCUGUUGUGCUGGUCACCCACUGAUGGGUCCCUGGACGUCAUGUGACCCUGGUGAGACCGUUUCUGUGGUAGCACGCUCCAAUUACCGCGAGGUCAUCGUCACGGGAGACAACACAGGCAGAAUCAAAGUUUUCAAAUAUCCAUCUUCUACCAACAUGCCUGCUUGUCGCUGGACCAAGCUGUACUCUUCCACUGUAACUGCAUUGGAGUUUCUGUAUGAUGACAGUUUCAUGGUGUCCGCAGCAGGGAAGAUGCCGGUUCUGGCUCAGUGGAGCGUGGUGGAUACAUUCAGUGGAAAACAGUAUAACACUUAAACAAUAAUGAAUAACAAGCUCAGUCAACAUUAUAACACUUGAACAACAGUGAGCAAGCUCAGUCAGCAGUAUGAGACUUGAACAACAGUGAACAAGCUCAGUCAUCAAUGAGCUUAUGAUGCAGAAACAAAUGUCUGAAGAUUUUGUUAAUACCAUUCACAGGCUUAAAAAAAGUAGUUGACAUUCAGAUUAAGAAAAAAAAAAUGUACCAAUUUAAAUUAAUCUGCUUUAUAGAGCGUAUAUCCAGCAAUAUUUACUUGCAAAUAGUUGAUCAACUCUUUACAUCUUGUCCAUCACACCUGGUAAACACCAGAACUAGCGAGUUAUUUACCUCAGAUACCGAAUGUUAUUUAUUAUUGCUCAUUCCGUCCAUUUUCACAUUUGCUUCACAUACAUAAAUCAGCAAACUUGUAAAAUGUAUAUUUAAGUAUAUGAUGCAUUUAAUUUUGUUACUAAAUACUUGUACUUUAUAGGUAUGAUUUUUAUAUGCUUAUAUAAAUUGUUAUAAACAGACAAGUUUGUAAAUUUUAAUGUAAUUUGUUAUGGUAUCAGAUAGUAACUAUGUCUGUUGUUUAGUUCUUUAUCAAAGUUUUUUUCUCAAUAGGAAAAAGGAAUCCAUGUACAGUCCUUUUCAAGCUCUGAUCAUUCUGUGAUA